CUCUCCUUCUCCCUCGUCUUCUUCCUCCGGCCUCUUCUUCUCGAUCUCCUCUUAUUGCCCUGAUUCCCCGCACCACUGCUCACGCACUUGCUAGCUCUCCUCUUCCACCACCUUCUCCGCCUCCGCACACUCCUGUCAGUGAGUGCAAGGGCUAGCUUUGGUUGGCACCGCCGCCGCCGCCGCCUCCGUCGUCCUGGUCGUCGUCUCCGACGCAACCGGGGAGGAACCAACAUGGAUCUCGUGUCGCCGUCGGAGCACCUGUGCUACGUGCGCUGCACCUACUGCAACACCGUGCUCGCGCUGCAGGUUGGAGUCCCAUGCAAGAGGCUGAUGGACACCGUGACUGUGAAAUGCGGCCACUGCAACAACCUCUCCUUCCUCAGCCCGCGGCCGCCCAUGGUGCAGCCGCUCUCCCCAACUGAUCACCCCUUGGGCCCGUUUCAGGGACCCUGCACUGACUGCAGGAGGAACCAGCCGCUGCCGCUGGUCUCGCCGACAUCAAAUGAGGCUAGCCCCAGAGCACCCUUUGUCGUGAAGCCCCCAGAGAAGAAACACCGCCUCCCAUCUGCUUACAACCGCUUCAUGAGGGAGGAAAUACAGCGUAUCAAAGCUGCCAAGCCAGAUAUCCCUCACAGGGAAGCCUUCAGCAUGGCUGCCAAGAAUUGGGCGAAGUGCGACCCCCGCUGCUCGUCGACGGUUUCCACUUCCAACAGCAACCCUGAGCCCAGAGUAGUAUCAGCGCCCGUUCCACAUCAGGAGAGGGCCACUGAGCAGGUGGUCGAGAGCUUCGACAUCUUCAAGCAGAUGGAGCGCAGCGGCUAGGGCGCCGCCGCGGCGGCCGGCGGCCGGCGGCGAUCUAUCAGCGGCGCAGCUCGCAUAAAGUCGGCUGGCCACCAUGCACUGGGGAUCGGAGUGUUCGUCGAUCUGCAGAUCGAUCGAUCACCACCGCCGUCAGCUCGAUCAUGCAUGCGUGCUCAUCGUCCCCGUUAGCAUGCAUCUAUAUAUAUAUAUAUAUAUAUGUGUGUGUGUGUGUGUGUGUGUGCAAGUACGCGCGUUUUCUGUUUAUUAGUUAUGUUUGAUCUUGUUAAUUUGUUGAGUUGUUGCAUGGAGUGUACCCCUCAAUUAUAUAAGACCAGCUGCCUCUAACGUACGUUAUACGUACGUACGUAUGCUAUAUAUAUUCGUCAUCUUAUAAAGCGACCUGAGUUUCUUGUUAUUAUUACUAACU